UAUAUUCUCUGGGUGUUGGUGGAAAGUAAGACAUCCAAGUGGAGUCGAGAGGAUGGAGAAAGUGGUAGAUCUCUUCGGAGUGGGAGAAGCCAAUACACAGAAGCUACUGGAAGGAGGCAACGAUCUCAGCCAAAUCCAACAGGGACUGUUCAUAGGCUCAGUAGCUGAAGCAAACAACAAGGAUUUGCUCAAAGCCUCCAACGUCACUCAUGUCUUAACCAUAGCUGUUGCCUUGUCCCCUCCGUACCCUGACGACUUUGUCUAUAAAGUCAUCGAAGUCGUGGACAGAUCAGAGACAGAUUUGACUGUGUAUUUCGAUGAGUGUUAUGGAUUCAUCGACCAAGCUAUUCAAUCUGGAGGUGGUGUUUUGGUUCAUUGCUUCAUGGGGAUCUCAAGGAGUGUGACUAUAGUUGUGGCUUAUUUGAUGAGAAAGCAUGGUAUGGGUUUCUCUAAAGCUAUGGAGCUCGUUAAGAGUAGACGUCCCCAAGCAUUGCCUAACUUUGGUUUCGUUUCUCAGCUUCAGCAAUUUGAAAAUUCCAUCAAAGUACAUGAUGCGGAUUCUUUCUUCAACUGAUAAGAAGAUAGUGUCAUGAACUCCCAAGAGAUUAUGAAGAAGUCUCAUGACCCCCAUGAUGACCAAAUAAAAAUCUCAUUGUUUCGUGAUUUGAAUGAUUUUUCUUGUGAACUAUUAUUGAUGGUGAGCUAUUUGCCAUGUCCAUUUGCCGAGUGAAAUAAAUAAAAACGCAGAUACUACA